AUGACUACUUUAUCACAACCGCAAGAUACAACACUACCCAAAACCAAAAUCUCCACAACUUACGGCUUAUCAAAAGAUUUAUCACAACAAAUAAUUAUAAAAAUAUGUUAUUUAGAAACUACAUUAUCAAAUGAAGAAUUAAACUUAUCAAAACUAUCAGAAAAGUUUCAAGAUCCUUCAAAAUUCAAAAAACUCUCCCAAAUAUACAAGUUUCUGGAUUUAUUCGUUAAAGUUGAAAUUUUCGAUGGUAAAAAUAAUAAUUUAUUAAGUAUACCUAUACAAACUUCAUAUAAAUCAUUCAAUAAUAAAAAGAGACAAUGGAAUCAAUUUUUGAAAUUAUUUAUUAAUUAUAAUCAAGUCAAUUAUGAGAGCUACUUGAAGUUUACAAUUUGGGAGAUAAUUGAUACUAAACCUGCUUUGUUUGGGUAUGGAUUUUUAAGUUUAUUUAACGACAAUACUUCAACUUUAAGAAAGGGGUCUCAAAAAGUACCUAUAUUUACGAACCAAGAAGAUUUGGAAAAAAAUGAAAAAAAUAUAAAUUAUGGAGAUCAAAUUGGUUUAACUGAUUUAGAAAAAGAUUUGAUCAAAUAUGAAAAUGGAGAGUACCCUAGAAUUAACUGGUUAGAUAAAUUAUCAUUACCUAAAAUCAACGAAAUGAUAUCAAAUAGUACAAACAAUAAUAAAGAUUAUGAUUAUUACUUAUAUGUUGAAUUACCACAAUUUGAAUUUCCUAUAGUUUAUUCAGAUAUAAAAUUCGAUGUACCAACAAUAGAACCAAUUCAUGAAUCAAAUAUAAAUAUUCCACCAAUUAAUACAAUGAGUAAAAUAUUAAAUUCAAUAGAUAUUCCCAAAUCAACAUCACAAGAUCACUCAAAAGCCAAGAUUUUUGAUCCUGAUUUUCAAAUAACUUCAAAUACUUCAGCUACUCCUAGUAACAAUCAACCUAAUUCAAAUAAUAAUAUAUUAGAUCCAAUUGAAUUAAAAUUUCAUAAACUAGAAAGAAAUAUAAAUAAUAAUUCAAUAAUUGACAAAGAUUUAAAACCAUCACCACAAUUACGUGAUGAACUUUUAAAAAUUUUAUUAAAACCAUCAAAUGCAGAAUUAAAUGAUAAUGAAAAAAAUUUAAUGUGGAGAUUUAGAUAUUAUUUUAGUAAAAAUAAUUCAAAUGAAUCAAAUGCAAAAUCAACAACCACCACCAAGUCAUUCUUACCAAAAUUUUUAAAAUCUAUUAAUUGGGAAAAUGAAUACGAAUUGGAUCAUACUUUUAAAGAAAUACUACCAUUAUAUUGGAGUGUAGAUAAGAUACAAAUUGGUGAUGCUUUGGAAUUACUAGGUAAUUAUUUUAAUCCUUAUAUAUUGGGGAAAUCAGUUAUGCCUUUGGAAAGUAAUGAAAAUUCACUUAAGAAGGAUAUGAAAUUAAAAGAUGAUGAGAUUAGUUUUCAAAAAAUAUUUGAUAAUGUUUGUUACUUGAGAAAAUUAGCAGUUGAAAGAUUGAAAUUAGCAAGUUCUGAAGAGUUAUUAUUGUACUUAUUACAAUUAGUUCAAGCUUUGAAAUAUGAAUCAUUGAUUUAUCAAGAUCUUUAUAACGAAAGCGAAGAAGAAUCGGAGUUGGACUGUAUGAAAUUACCACUUGCGAAUUUCUUGAUUGAAUCUGCUGUUGAGAAUGAAAAAUUAGGUAAUUUCUUUUAUUGGUAUGUUAAAGUUGAAAAUGAAGAUUUGUUAAACGUUGAUGGAAGUACAAGUAAUUCAAUAUAUGGAAUAAUACUAAAUAAAUAUAUUGAAUCUUUGAAAAUUUAUUGUCAUGAACAUAAAUUACCUUAUUAUAAACACUUAAAAAAACAAAUUUGGUUUAUUAAAAAAUUAACAAAUUUAGUUGAGUUAUUAAGAUCAUCUUUUAAAAAAAAUGAAUCAACUGCUAAAAAAAUUGAAUUUUUAAGGGAAUAUUUAUCAGCAACCACAAACGAACUAAAUAAAUUCCCAGAACCUUUUCCCUUACCAUUAGAUCCAUCAAUAAUGGUAUGUGGUUGUUACCCUGAAGAAUCAUCAGUUUUCAAAUCUUCAUUAGCACCAUUGAAAAUUACUUUGAAAACUAUAGAAUACAAGAAAAAAUCAGGUAGUCAUCAUACAACAUCACAAAUUUUCGGUCAAAAAUCUAAAAAAUAUGGUAAAUACCCAUUAAUGUUUAAAAUUGGUGAUGACUUAAGACAAGAUCAGUUAGUUAUUCAAAUUAUUAAUCUUAUGGAUCAACUAUUGAAAAAUGAAAAUUUGGAUUUAAAAUUAACACCAUACAAGAUUUUAGCAACUAGCCCUGUUGCUGGGUUAAUUCAAUUUGUGCCUAAUGAAACAUUAGAUUCAAUAUUAUCCAAAAAUAAUCAAAUCAAUUCAAAUACAAACACUGCUAAUACAAUUUCAACUGCAUCUACUUCCCCACAAGUUUCUACUAAUGGGAUAUUAAAUUAUUUGAGAUUACAUAGUCAUGAUCAACAAAUAAUUGAACCCAUUUCCAAAAGUGUAUUAAAUUCAUCAACACCAACAACUUCAAUUUCAAAACAACCAAAACAAGCAAUAACUUCAGAUUUAGGAGUAUCUCCCAUAUUAAUGGAUAAUUAUGUAAAAUCAUGUGCUGGUUAUUGUGUUAUAACAUAUAUCUUGGGUGUUGGUGAUAGACAUUUAGAUAAUUUAUUAUUAUCACCUAAUGGAAAAUUUUGGCAUGCUGAUUUUGGAUAUAUUUUAGGUAGAGAUCCAAAACCUUUCCCACCAUUAAUGAAAUUACCUAUACAAGUUAUAGAUGGAAUGGGUGGAUUAGAUCAUGAAAAUUAUAAUAUUUUUAAAAAUUAUUGUUUUAUAACUUAUCAAACUUUAAGAAAAAAUUCAAAUUUAAUUUUAAAUUUAUUUCAAUUAAUGUGUGAUGCAAAUAUACCAGAUAUUAAAAUUGAUUCAACGAGAGUAUUGGAAAAAGUUGAAGAGAAAUUUUGUUUGGCUAUGAAUGAAGAAGAAAGUAUUUUACAUUUUCAAAAUCUAAUUAAUGAUAGUGUUAAUGCCUUUUUGCCUGUUGUUAUUGAUAGAUUACAUAGUUUGGCUCAAUAUUGGAGGGCUUAG